UCCCCCAUCCUCUCUCCUACCUUUCACUCUUGCUCUCUCUCUCUCUAAAAGACUGACUCUGUUUAUUCCGUCAUUGACUAUGCCCUGUGAGAUGACUCACUUUGGAUCGGUGAGCUUAGCUGCAAGGGAUUUUAUUCUCUAAUCCCAUUUUUUCUACUAGUUAUGUUGGAAAACUUAAUUGGUAGAAAAUAGACAGAACCCGGAAAGUGUUUGAUAUCAUCAUUCAUGUCAAAGAUUCUCAAGAUUGUAGCAAAAAUCCUGUGUAUUUAAUACAGGGUUUUGAUCAGCCAAUUUAGUAACAUUCCUAAUCACUCUUGAUUUCUCCUCUGGUUUUGGGUGCUGGGCAACAUUCCCACCUCAAGAAAAUAUCAAAGCCGUUCACUUCCCAGCAUUUAAAUCUUGAAUUUAUUGAAUUGGUCAUGACUGAGAGGGAUUUUCUUCUUUCUCUUCAAUUUGCUGCAAUGGUGAGAAAUGUGUUGAGGGCUUUUUGGCAGGUUUUGGAUUACACAAUGGGAUAGAACAAAGAAGCAGGUGCAUGCGUUGGAAUUUCUGCAACCUGUUGCAGAAUCUGGCAAGAGAUUUUGGAUUUGAGUCAAAGUGCUUUAGAAUCUGUAACAUUUUGCAGCUAUUUCACAUUCCAUUGACAAUAUAAGCUCGGGAAUUUCUUCAUUCUCAAACAAUUGAAGACAUAGCAACAAAAAGUAGCAUCCCAAUGAUGAACUUGGGAGAAAAAAUUUUUACUCUGGAAGAAGAACAAGUUCAGAUGAAUGGUUCUUGGGUACCUGUCACUCCUGAGAAGCCAGUUCAAAUAAGAUCUGAGACAAUAACAGCUGGCUGGCAGGAAAACCAAAUGGUAGGAGGGAAUUUGAAAAAGUUAACUAUUCCUGGGAGUGGCUACAUGAAAGAGAUGCUGCAGUAUAAUGGGUUAGAUCAGAAUGUCCAUCUGGUGGGACAGACUGAAGAGUACAAUUAUUUUGAUGGAGGUUCUUCCAGAGCCGGUAUCAUCAAUCACAGUGAUGUGGACUUUGACAGCAAUAUAUUGAAUACUUUGGAGCUUCUCUUCAUGAAGGAUGCAAGUAACAUUGCCCAUGAUGACAGAAAUUUAAGUGAGAGUAUAAGCAUGGCUGUAAGAACACCAGUGCUACCAAAAUUUCAUCCUCACACAAUCAGUAAUGGGAGAGAUUUCAAUGCAGAUGGUUUCACUGUCAAAGAAAACAAUAAUUCAGCUACAGUGUACACAGAUGCAAAUCUUUUGGUUCCAAAUAGGAAUUCUGAAUGUGACAGCAGCGGCUUAUAUGAUUUUCUCAACCAUGACAUUCACUGCUCAUUCUCAAGCCUGUUGAAUAGUAGCCUAUCUGAGUCAGAGAUACCCAACGGUGGUUUUUACGUACCUUGCAUACCCAGUUUCGAUCAAAACUCUGCAUCUGUCACAGAAGCUGAUGAUGUCUUUAGUUUAACCAACUCCUUCCAAUCAGCACCAGAAACAAUGGAUCAGUUCAAUCAGUUUACAGAAAGUCAGUUUGUGAAGCAUGUAACAGCUGAAAGCCAAAUUCAGGUGACAGACAGACCAGACAACUUGGUUGCAUCCACAGAAAACGAUCACCGUGAAUAUUGUGAUGGACUUCUACAGCAUAUAGUAGAUACAUCUGCAGCAGCUUCUAAAUCACCCAACAAAAUUGAGGGUUCUGAAAAUGAUUUUCGUAGUGGGAGUGGCCUGGAUAUUGAUCUAAAUAAGACACCUGAGCAGAAACCACCUAAACGAAGAAAGCAUAGGCCAAAGGUAAUUGCAGAAGGCAAGCCCAAAAGAACUCCAAAUCCUGCAACUAGAAAGAAGAGAGAAUAUAUGGAGAAUCCACCCCAAAAGAGGAAGUAUGUACGAAAGAAUGUGCCAAAAGAAGCAACGUCACAAGCUGAUGUUAUAGAGAAUUUGGGUUGUGGGACUGCAACUAGGCCCCAAAAGAGGAAGUAUGUACGAAAGAAUGUGCCAAAAGGAGCAACACCGCGGGCUGAUGUUAUGGAGAAUUUAGGUUCUGGGACUGCAGCUAGAAAAUCUUGCAGGAAAGCUCUAGAUUUUGAUUUAGAAGAGAGUAGAUGCAAAGAACAGAACAACAUAGUUGGUCGGCAGGAGAUCCAAGGCAGAAAUGGGUUGCUCACCGAGUUUCUCAGUGCAGCAAGGGUAUGUUAUGAUACAAACUCAACUUUGCUUGUCAGCAACCAGGAUGGUUUUAUGAUAGAAAACCAGCAACCCAGAAGCACAGAUGAUGGUGCUUUUUUAUUGCAUCAGAGGCUAAGUGACAGAUGCUUGCCAAAAGAACAAGCUAAUGUACCCUUGCCAGCAAAUACAGAAAUGGAGAUUAAAAAUUUGUUAGAGACUGAGAAAGGUCCAGCUCAAGGCAAUGCUGGAUUUUGCAAAGAAAGAAACAAUGGAUGCUUGGAGCAAUGCAUUCACGCAGAUGGAAUUGACAAUGUUCUCUUGCAAUCAGAGAUAUGUCUAGAGAUCCAUCAAAGCACCAAAGUACCAAUGUCCCAAAAUGACCUCCAGUUGGUGCCAAACAUUUUGUCCAAUUGCAUUGAAGGAAGCAGUUUGAAGAGAAAAUAUUGCCAUGCUGAUGAGAAGCAAUAUGUCUCUGCAACAAAUCCACUUGAUUCUUCCUUAUUGCACCAGGAGAUUUUCCAGGUGGAUGAAAAUUGUAACGGCACACCUCUGGAUAAAAAUGUAUUGAAAGCUCAGAAAGGGGGGAAAACUCAAAACAAACCUUGUUCACAAAAAAUAAGAAGAAAAGGAAAAAAUAAAUCUCAAACACAGUUGACUGAUGAGACACCAAGCAGCUAUGCUGGUGAUGGCCUUACUAGCUCAGAUGCACUACACAAUAUAUAUCCCACAGCAAUUGAUGAGAUCAUUUGUCGACUCCAAGAUCUCAACUUUGGGGACAGCAAUAUAUCAAGAGUCGAUGGACAAAGUGCAAUUGUCCUAUAUAAGGGAGAAGGUUCAGUUGUCCCAUAUGAGGGGUUUGACUUCGGAAGAAAACGUAAACCACGGCCCAAAGUGGAUCUUGACCCAGAAACAGAGAGAACCUGGAAACUAUUAAUGGACAAGGGAGUAAGUGAAGGCCUUGAAGGAAAUGACAAGGAAAAGGAGAAGUGGUGGGAAGAGCAAAGAGAAGUUUUUCAUGGAAGAGUUGAUUCCUUCAUUGCACGAAUGCAUCUUGUUCAAGGAGAUAGGCGCUUUUCUCAGUGGAAGGGAUCAGUAGUGGAUUCAGUGAUAGGAGUCUUCCUUACUCAGAAUGUUUCAGACCAUCUUUCAAGCUCAGCCUUCAUGUGUCUAGCAGCAAGGUUUCCUCUCCUGUCAGAAAGUGACACAGACAAGAGAUCAUGCUGUAUUGUUGGCAUAGACAAAUUGGUUGAAAAACCAGAAGUCUGCAUGGUAAAUCGAGAUGACAUCAUGAUAUCAUCCAACAAAAGAUUAAGUCACCCAACCUACCAUCAAGGCUUUGUGCCUCCCCAUGAUACAAGUGAGCGCUGGAGAGACUGUGAGACCGCAAGGACAAAAGUAAGUCUCAACAGUCCAUAUACUCAGAGCUCAAAGGAUGAAAUCAUAUCGUCACAAGAUUCUCUUGAUCAUUCAAUUGCUGAAGCCACCAGAGGGAUAAGAUCCUCCUCAGGUUCCAAUUCAGAAGCAGAAGGCCAUACAACAGGGUGUGAACCCUGGAAGACUCAACUUUUAAAUUCAACAAAUUCUGUACAUGUACGAAAGGCCACACUAUUCCAAGAAUUUUACAGUAGUGUAAAUGGAGUGUCACUGUUUGAUGAGAGAACCAAAGAUGGACAGGCUCUACAUGAAAAGUAUCCCAGACAAAACUCAAGGUCGGGUGAAAUUGAUGAUCUUAUUUCACAUUCACCAUUUAAUCAUCUGAUCAAAUUUGGAAAUUCACAAAAGCGAGUGCCUGAAGGUUAUUCAGCAGACUAUGAGUUACAUGACUUAGAGGCACUUGGGAUGAUGAAAACUUCUCAAAUGAAUGGUACGGAGUCUUCUGGGAGAGAAACUAUUUCCCUCAUAAACAAGUUACAAGAUACUGGCUAUAGGACUGUCAGCAUCCAGGCUGUAGGAGGAAGUGUAGAUAAAUUGACUGAGAAGCAAUAUAGGCCAAUUAAGUCACAGGAGUUACCAGCAAUUAACCCAUAUGAACCAUUGAGUGUUCAUGUUGUCCAACCACAAGAUAACUCUCCGUUAGGAUCUGAUACAUAUCAUCAUCAACCUUUAUCUGGAUAUCAUCUUGCAGGUUUUCAUGCUGAUAAAAGAAUAUCUGAGGUUAAUGGACAAGCCUACUCGAAUGAUAGCAGUGCUGAACUGAAGCCACAGGAGCAACUUUGCCCUUCUGGUACCAUGAAUAUAGGGAGCAAACAGAAAGUUUCAAAAUCCAGAAAAAUAAAGGUUCAGACUGGGAAGCUGAACAAAGUUGAUUGGGAUGAUUUAAGAAAGAAAGCACAGGUCAAUGGGACAAAAAAAGAAAGGAGCAAAGAAACAAUGGAUUCGCUGGACUACGAGGCACUGAGACGUGCCUCAGUGAAAGAAAUCUCUGCAACUAUCAGAGAACGAGGAAUGAACAAUAUGCUAGCCGAAAGAAUCAAGGAAUUUUUGGACAGACUGGUUAGAGAACAUGGAAGCAUUGAUUUGGAAUGGUUAAGAGAUGUUCCUCCUGAUAAAGCAAAAGAUUACUUGCUAAGCAUACGUGGAUUGGGGCUGAAGAGUGUGGAGUGUGUCCGGCUCCUAACACUUCAUCAUCUUGCUUUCCCAGUUGACACAAAUGUUGGAAGGAUAGCAGUUAGACUUGGUUGGGUCCCUCUUCAACCACUCCCUGAAUCACUUCAGUUACACCUCCUUGAAUUGUAUCCAGUGUUGGAAUCAAUUCAGAAGUAUCUCUGGCCCAGAUUGUGCAAACUUGAUCAGAGAACCUUGUAUGAGCUUCACUACCAGAUGAUUACCUUCGGAAAGGUUUUCUGUACAAAGAGUAAACCGAAUUGCAAUGCAUGUCCUUUGCGUGCAGAGUGCAGACACUUUGCAAGUGCUUUUGCAAGUGCCCGGCUUGCAUUACCUGGACCAGAAGAGAAAGGAAUGGUGAGUAAUCCUGUUCCCAUUGCAACUGAGAGAAAUCCUACUCUCAACAUGAAUCCAGCGGUACUACCACUCCCUGAAAUCAAUUUGCUUAGAGAAGCAACUUCUGAAAUUUGUAAGUAUGAGCCGAUCAUUGAAGAACCAGAAACACCAGAACAAGAGUGCCCAGACACACAGGCAUUGGAAAGUGACAUUGAGGAUUCAUUCUGGGAUGAUCCUGAUGAAAUUCCAAUGAUCAAGCUCAAUACUGAAGAGUUUGCAAUGAAUAUACAAAACAUAUUGCAAGAAAACAUGGAGCUUGUAGAAGGUGACUUGUCUAAGGCACUUGUUGCUUUUAAUCCAGCUACGGCUUCCAUUCCUACACCAAAGCUGAAGAAUGUGAGUCGGCUACGGACAGAACACCAUGUAUAUGAGCUUCCAGAUUCUCAUCCUCUCUUGGAAAAGAUGGAGAAGCGUGAACCUGAUGACCCAAGCCCAUAUCUUCUUGCAAUUUGGACACCAGGUGAAACUGCAAAUUCGAUUGAGCAACCAGAGAGAAGAUGUAAAUCCCAGGAUUCAAGCAGCCUAUGCAAUGACAAUACAUGCUUCUCAUGCAAUAGCAUUAGAGAAGCUAAUUCACAAACAGUCAGAGGAACUCUACUGAUUCCUUGUAGAACAGCAACAAGAGGGAGCUUUCCAUUGAAUGGCACUUACUUCCAAGUUAAUGAGGUAUUUGCAGACCAUGCAACCAGCAUUCAACCCAUUGCUGUCCCUAGGGAAUGGAUAUGGAAUUUGCCAAGGAGGACUGUAUAUUUUGGAACAUCUGUAUCAAGCAUUUUCAAAGGUCUUUCAACUCAAGGGAUUCAACAGUGCUUUUGGAGAGGAUUUGUUUGCGUCAGAGGGUUUGACCAAGAAACACGCUUGCCUCGCCCUCUUAUCGCCAGAUUGCAUUUUCCAGCUAGUAGAUUAAAUAGAGGGGAAAAAGUGAGAACAGGGAGUAACAAGACAUGAUGAUGGGAAACUUACCAGCAAGUGUUAGUGUCGCGGACUGAGUGAUAGAAGAUUGUUGGCUAACAUACUUUGCCCCUUAUAUUAUUCUUUGGAUGAGGCUGACCUGAAAGAAGCCACCAAGUCAGCAAGAAAAUAGAAGAAAUUCUAAUUUAAGAUUCAGAACCUCAAUGCCGGUGGGAUUGAGCUAUAAACCAUCUCCAUUGAAGCCCAAAACAGCAAUUCUUUGGAAAAUAUUGACAUUGAUAUUAUACCAAAAGCCAUUAUAGUUACCUGCAUUAUCAUUAAUAAAAUGUCUCAUUCAAAUAUCAUUAAUAAAAUGUCUCAUUCAAACUUA